CGGCUUCGCUGUGGGGCCAGGAGUGGUCUCGGCAUGGAUAACAAUGUGCUUAUUGGCAUAGCUUUGGCCUUGCAGUUGGUCUGCUGCCUCGCACUGCUCGCAUCAUCAGCCGCAACUGAGCACCCGCGCCACGACACGGCCGAUUCGCCGUGGUUCUACGCCCUCCAAGUGUUCGUCCUCGCCAUCGGCGGCUUUGUCGUCCACAAGGCUAGCAAGGCUAGCAAGUCUGUCGAGAAUGAUACCGAUGGCGAUGGGCCCACCUUUAGCAUGCAACGCUUCGACUCGCAUCCACCUGCCGUCAGCGAAGAGUUCCGCAUCCAAUCCCUCGCCACGGGCAUGUCCAACAUCGCAUCGGGCGUGUCGAUCGCAACAAGUGCCGGCGGCAUGGUACAGUCCUCGAGUCUGGGUUCGCCCGAGCCCGCCGAAGAGCACAAGGGCAUGUUCAUCGCCGUCUGUGUCUUCUUUGCUGCCUCGAUUGGGCUGGGCCUUGUCGGCUCGUUUUUCUUUGUUGCCCACGCCUCAGAGCUCAACGUGACCAACACUCGCUGCGACCUCGCCAUCGACUCGCCCGAGAGUUGCAGCGACAACCGCGAGCGCCUCCGUGCCACCCUCGCCCGCCUCGGCGUCUACACCGCGUUUGCCCUCCUUGCUCUUCACCCGCUUGCAUCCUGGCUCGUCGCGCACAAGCACUACGUCGUCAUCCCACCGCCCACUGCCCCGUCGCUCACAGAUGACCAGCUCUCGCGCGCCGACUUUCCCAGCAGAGCCUCCAUGUCCGCAACAUCCGCCGUCAUCCGCCAUCCGUCGGGUGCUGUCACCUCCCGCCCGCCUGUUCCCCGUGGCAUUGUCGCCAGCGGCUCCCCGGCCAUCGCUGUUACUCCCGGGAGCCCCGAGAUGAUGCAGACCCGAUAG